AACUUCAUCUUUGUUUUUGUUUACAGGUGCUUGCACGAUCACGAAAAAGGGGCUGAAUUUCGCUGAAAACCCCUCUUGAAGUUAAACAACAUUGGGUUUCAUGAACUGCUUUGCCACAAAAUCACAUUCAAUAUACACAUGAUAUUUCGGAAGGACAGAAAGUCAGUCAUCUACCAGAAAUGGGAAAAUUUAUCAGCUCAGCCUCGACCUCAGCGACAAUCGUGUGACGGUCCCACUCGUUUAGUUUUGUGUUGGUGAUUUCAUUUCAGCAGCGAUUGACCGAGUCCGACUCCCAGGCCGAGCCGGCGACAGGAUCAGAGAAAGCCUGCCAAUUUCUCCUGUGCAGUCCAACUCUAACCUAACCGAAAAGGCAUGGCUUACAAUGAAUGACACACUAGCAACCAUCAACGUUGAUCAGCUUAGCAAUGCUGUCAAUGCAGUGGUCCAGUCUACAGCAUUAGGCCAAGUUCCUUUAGACCCCUCCCCACCACCUGACGAUCAUCCUGAUGCAUCCCCUCCCUUCUGUGAGGGGGGUAAGUUACCCUCCCCUGGUGUUGGUACAACACAGGUGGUGCAGCCAUGCCCCUCUUAUUGUGGGAGAACUUUCGGAGGGAGGCUGGCUGAAGGACAGAAGAGCAUCCCAGCAUCCAGCAUUGCUUCUCAAAAGGCAAACAUUCCAGUACCGACCCAUCAGCAGUCUACCAACCAACCGGUUUUCCAUACCCAGACUUCACAGCCUUCUGGACCAGUAGUUCUUGUACCUAAUCCAGGAGUUCAGGCAGGGCAGAGAGCGGUUCAACUGCAACAAAACUCUGUCAACAACCAGCCACAAGACCAAGGGCCAAAGAAGUUCUAUAUGUUAAAACAAUCAGGUUCCAACUGGGUUCUAGUUCCAACACAAGCCCAAAUACCACCUCCUAUACAGUGUAGCAAUGAUGGUCUGUUGAAGACUGUCACUAGGAAUUCAGAUCCCAUCACAUACCGACCAUCUUCUGGUUUCAAACAAGCCGCUCCCAUCUCGGUUUCUCUACCAACUACACAAAGUACCAGCUUGCCAACUGUGCAGCCACCUAAUAUAAACAUGAACAUCGCCAUACAUUUACCAAACAAUGGGACACCCUACCCCAUACCAGGACUCACAAAGUCUAAUGGACCACAGCAAGCCCUUCAACCAAUCAGGACACAGAUGCCCCGAGACUCCACCCAUCUUUUGUCCCAACCUUGCACCUUUGCUAAACCAACUGUAUCCCCUAAAGUUAAUAUUGGUCGGUCAACAAAGCACAACGCACCUGUCAUGAUUCUCCCAAACACCCUUAGACCAUCUCAGCUACGACCUUUGACCUCUCAGGUAGGUCCGUUUCCUUCUCAGAUCAGCGUACUGCCCACUGGUCAAACUGGACUGACCACUGGUCAAAGUGGACCAUGUCAGAUGUCACCGUUUCCUCAGGUCAGUGUACUGCCCUCUGCUCAAACAGGACUGACCACUGGUCAAACAGGACAGUCCGAGGUAGUGCCGAUGCCAUCAAGCUCGAACGUUACGGUUCCGUCUGUCCUCAGGAACAGCACCAGUGUUUCAAACAUCAACUUGUUUUCCCCUCCCCUCAACUUCGGAUCACAAAUCCAGAUGCUGUCGCCUUUGACCUCUCAAAAGGGCUGCCAUAACAGCAACAGCCUUGGAGGUUUGACAAACUCUUUGGAUCUACAGCCAUCUCUGUUGAAUCAAGGUCUCGUACCUGAAGUUGUCAACUUACAACCCCAGCAGAUAUCUCCUGGUGUAGUCAAACUAACAUCUGGACCACCCUCGAUCUCACAUCGUGUGGAGAGGUCAAAGGUUAUUACCUCUAGAGUAAGGGCUAAGUCAAGGAACGAGUCGGGACAGCAGAACAGAAAACAUAAAAUUGCAGAAUCAUGGUGUAUUUCCUGUAGAUCUAUUGUUAAAUGCUGCCCUCAUCAGAAACCAGCUGUAGUAGUUACAGACAAGGCAGUUGAAACCAGAGCUAGGCAGUCUCUACCGGAUCUAUUGAUGCUCAAACCAUCCAUUGCUAUUCCAGGCGAGACAGGAGUCUAUGCCAAACAGGAGAUUCUGCCAAACACUCGCUUUGGACCUGUGGUCGGGAAACUAGCUGAUGUCAAUUCAUCAACAGACUUAGAUGCAAUUGGCCAAAAAGCAUGGCGGAUAUUUUCUGAUAGAAAAUUGUGUCAGCUCCUCUUCACAAACGAUGAGAGUUGUUCUAAUUGGAUGAUGUUUAUUAAGAUGUCCAAAGACCACAACCUAAUGGCAUUUCAGAGUGGAGCUCACAUCUAUUUUACAUCACUUACAAAAAUUCAACCUGGUGAAGAGCUUGUUGUGUGGUAUUCCAAGGAAUAUGCAAGACUAAGAGGCAUCAGGGAUUUUAAGGGCACCACGAAGUGUCAGAAAUGCCAUCAGAGUUUUCCAGGCAAGACUCACCUACAGUGUCACAUGGCCGAAGCCCACCCUUCCUCUCAACAAGACAAGAUGUACAAGUGUGACGUGUGCUCCUACGUGUUCUCCUCAUCAUCCAAGUUGCGUACCCAUCUCUUGACCCAUCUUGGAGUGAAACCGCAUCGAUGUAAGAUCUGCCACAAGGGAUUCACAGACCGUAGUAACCUCAGGGCUCAUUCCCUUAUACAUGCAGGAGUGAAGAAGUUCACUUGUGAGACAUGCAGCAAGAGUUUCCGUCAGAAAGCCCAUUUGGUAUCCCAUCAGAUUACUCAUACAGGAAAACGAGAUCUUCAGUGUUUCGUCUGUGAGAGGAUGUUUGGUCGACAGAGUGAUUUGAGUUAUCACAUGAAACAACAUAGAGAAACUAAGAAAUUGAGUUGCCCAGUAUGUGACAGAAGAUUUUACAAGGACUGUCAGCUGAUAAGGCAUAUGAAGAUACACAGUGGACAGAGGGAUUACCAAUGCCACAUUUGUAACAAAGGAUUCAUCACUAAAUACCAUCUCAGCAGACACCUGAAGUCCUGUGAGCGUUACGAGCGAUUCCGACGUAAGUCAUGGCCUAACAGCUUGGACAGUAUAGCAGGAGUGGUUGGCCAAGCAAGUGGAGAAAGACAGUUUGUAAGACCCAUUGCUCCUGGAGCCAUGCAAGAAAUCAUUCCCGCAAGGAGGAGACGUCAACCGCCAGAGGGUCAGGAAGGGACUUCCUCAAGGAUUUUGAGAAGCUCUCGUGGGCGACCUAUCAAACCGAAGCCUGUUCCUUCAUACAUGGCUCAGCUAGUAAGCCCACCUGCAAGAGGAUUGGGAAGUGCAAAGAGAAAGAAGCGGGUGCCAAGGAAGGUUAGCCAGCUUCCUAAUAGGGAGCUUGACUCUGGUUCUUUAGCACACACUGUUUCUGUGACUUUGUAUGAAGUUCAACCUGGUAACACCCAAGAGAUUGGACCAGGUGUAGGUCCACCAACAGAUGGUGUGCAGCAGAUGGUUCAAAGUGCCAUUCCAGAGAAAACCAAGCCGACGAUACCACCUGAUCAUUCAUCAUCUAUGUCUGUCUAUGCUGUCCAGGGGGAGACAUCAGAAGGUAGUACCAACAUGGCGGUUGAUCAGCAACAGCAAUGCAGCACUUUGUCUCAACUAGCUAUUUCUGUGCCUCAAGAAUCAUCCAUAGUUCUUGAUUGUGACAAUUAUGUUUCAUCCUCUUCAGUCGCCCAACCUCACCUGCAGUCAUCCUACGCUUACACCUCUUCUGACCCUCAAGGAGAUGAUGGAAUCCAUGAUGGAUCCCUGACAACACCUCUCUUUGACCUAGGUGAAGGGCCAACCAUGUCCUCUGCAGUCCAGGUGAUGCCGACUUACAACUCCCAAUCCUUCUCACUGGAAGAAGAAGAAGACAGCCAUUCAGAUGCAUUUGCUGGACCUCAAGAACAUUGCAAUCCAUCUGGCUCAUUUUUCAUGACCGAUGCUCCCAUGUCGGACCCUGUUGCCAGCAGCUCGUCGCAGAGCCUUCGCCAUCAGACCCAUGUUGAUUCACUGGCUGAAGACAACCACGCCGGAACCUUUGCUGAAGCUCGGGAACAUUGUCCUCCUGCACCUGCUUUAUUCAUGACCGAUACUGCCAUGCCUGACUCUGUUGCCAGUACAUCAUCUCAGAACCUUGGUCAUGGGGGUCAUAGAAGCUCCUUGACAGAGGAUUCCCUUUUCUCUAUGGAUCCUUCUGAUGAGACAGGAACAUCACUUUCCCAGCACACAGGAGACAGCAUAGAUGACAUCAGUGUAGACUUAAGAGCCAUUGAGAGGGCGCUAGACUCGGAUGAAGAGGAGCCAUGUACUGAUGAAAGAAGGGGAGAUUCCCCAUCAGAGAACAUUGAGGAAUGACUUUGAUUUACGCUAUAUGCCACAAAGCUAGCCAGCUAUUUAUCCAGCAUUGAUCAAGGUACUUGGGCAACAUGUCUUCUGGGGCCCAUAACACAAAGCUUAGCAAUGAUUGUAGAAAAAUUUUUACGAUUGAUUGCAUUGACUACACUGUACAAUCAAAGGUGAAAAUCAAGCUUAUGAUUAAUCGCUAACCUUUGUGUUAGGGGACCCUGGUUAAGCUUUAAUACAAUAGCCUGUGCACAGUGGAAUUAUAAGUAUGAGAAUUUUGGGGGUCAUCAUCCAUAAAUAUGUCAUGUAUCACACAUAUAGAGUAUAAUAUUCUUGCAUAUUAAUUUCAAGAAAUUAUGUGAUAUGUAUUUUAAUAGACUCAAAUGUAAAUUGCUGAGAUGCCUUACAAAAAAACAACUUUGGCCUCAACUUAAUGACCCUUUGAAAUCCUGCCAGCCUUUUUAUGUUCUUUUUUUCUAUUUUGGCAACAAAAUAUGUAUUAAAAAUGUGUGUUGACCAACUCUUAUUCUCAUAAAUAUUCUAUGAUAAAAGAGUGUACAAAUAUUUAUAGAAAUUACCUAAUGGCAAAGUAGAACAUCAUUCAUCACGAAGUAAAGGACAGUUAUGCAUGAACAAACUUAAAUCUAAAUAUCAAAAUAAAUUUAAGAGUUCUUUCAUGUCAUACGCCCAA